CUCAGUUCUUGAGGACACCAUGGUGAGCGAGGAAGACGACCGAGUCACACGGUCCAAUCACUGGCCUUUCCGGAUGGUUGACCUUUGACGACCUUCCCUGGCUUGACUUACUUCCUGAGAAGAAGGGAGCUGAAUGGGGCUUGACAGAACGGCAGUGACAUGGCAGAAAGUACCGGGCACCUCGAAACCAUGACUGGGCCGCAAUAUUUUUCCCGCCACGUCGUACAGCAUCAAAUCUUGCCAAAGCUUGGUCAGAACUCAUCGCAGUGUGUGUUGUUCUUCUCUUUCAGACCAUCUCAUCUUCCAAUGGAACCAGGAACGGUCUCCCCCAAGUUGGGCAGCAAUGCGUGCCGGAGAACACGCAGCCGAUCGUGAUCAGGUGAAUAUCAGUGAUAUCUUGACUGGACGACAACCCAAACGGUAUGAGCGAGAACCGGGCCGGGUAGAGACUCAGAGACGUGACAAGAAGACAGAGUUGUGAUGGCAAGAGACGUGGCGUUCCCGGACGUUGGGCUGCAACGGUCCAGAACAAGCCUCUUCGGGAGGAGGGGGCACCCAGGCAGGUCAGGAGGCGAGGAGAGGGCAGUGAAGAACGGGACCGGAGGAUGCUGACAGGUUGGGCCAUUCUUCAGAGCAAACAAAGGCUGAGGCGGUGAGCAAGCGACAAAGUUCCGCAAUGAAGCAACAAAUCCGAGUCUGGGGAGGUGAAGAAAGGUCAGUGCAGCAGGCCGCAGAUGUUGGCGAGGAUCCUGGUCGGGUUGACCCCUUUUCUCGGCGUGGAAGAACCGCACCAACGCCAAUAGCUCCGGACCGUCUUCAGAGUCCCAAGCUUCACUUUCAACAUCCACCUGCGAGGAAAGGCAUUACGUCGUUAAUUGGGUGCUUGAUUCGUGUCUCCCUGCUGAUGGCCCUCGUCCUAAGCCGCUGAUUGAUGACAAUCAUGCCGACGAAUCUGCCUCGCUAUUCAACGCGGCAGGGUAAAGACUUCAUCCCGCAUCCCGAGCGAAAAGGCAGCCACUACUUCUCGCCCUGAAGGCUCUUGUGUCAACCCUCGUUGGGCGCACUGCUUUCUGGGGGGCAGUACAUUAGUGUCGAUCUAUCGGGCACACUUUCUUGACGUCGAGCUCACUGCUGGACUCGCUGACGGCGAUCAAGGGGCUCAGCUGAUCUCUUGAUUCGACAUUCAUAUUGGGCUUUCUUGCUCCAUAUCGAAGCGACCACUCCUACAUAAGUCCCUCCUCCGUCAACCAAAGACAGUGCGGAUUCUAAGCCUCCUGAGCCCAAACAAUGGCAGUGUUUUGGGUCCUCGCCAUUUGCUCUCAGCGCAUCCUGGCGCGGGUGAGCAAGUAAAAUUGAGGAGAAGGUACUGUACAGAGAAUGGUGAUACCCAGUCCAAUGAUGGAGCACACCGUGUGGUGAAAAAUGACAAGCCAGGCAGAGUAUAUAUUGGCGUCAGCUCGUGCUGUAGAGCCAAAUAUGAUUCCCCAGUCAGCACCAUGUCUUCGAUACGCAGAUUGAACCGCUCCGGCGUGUCAAGUAAUCAUGGAAGCCCUGGCUCCUUGUCUGGUGAUGGUGCGCAGCUUCACCUUUACCCAUCCGAAGAAAGCGAGAAUGCCGUUCCACUUCACCCUUCUUCGACCCAAUCGACUCGCGUCUCAACAGGAUUUGGUCCAUCUCCGCAAAUGAGAGAAGAGGAUUCGAUUGUCUCCGUUGCCACUUCGCGAGAGACACAAGAGCACAAACAACCAGCUCCACCGAUCGACGGAAACGCCUCCCACGAUCCUGCAAUUCCUCCACCCGAUAUGACCGAGGCAGGAACAAAUGUUGAAGAUGGGCAGAGAACUGACAAGCGUUCUCGUUCUGGAUCGAAUGUUUCGGAGGCACCUCCGCAAGUGGGAGAGCCCAGUCCCUUUCCACGGUACACCGGUUCUUCGUCCCCUGGAUCCUCCAUGCUCCUCCAAGUUGGUAGCCUUCACGGCCAGCCUCCGACGCACGCUGCUCCCUUUGAUGAUCUGGAUGAUGACGACCACCAAUCGAACCAUUUUCGAGAAAGCCAGGAGAACACAUCGGGACAUGAUCGAGAGCGACGGCAUCGACCAACUUCCCUGGGCUAGAGCAUGAUUUGGAUCUUGGCGAAGAAUGUGGAUAGACGAGCUAUCGCGUUUGGUUGGAUGUCUCCCUCCCUGCCUCUUUGGUCUUUGGUUGGAUGUCCUCUCUGCCGGUCGACUUGCUUUGGGUAUAGCCCUUUUUCUUCUUUUGUUGCGUCCUUGGAAUAGUUGCUGUUUGAUGCUAACAUAGACUUCUUCUCGCCGGAGAUUUACCCCGGAGGCUCCACAGGGGCAGCCGUUGAUCGUUCCAGAGACUGUCUUCAUGAACUUGCAUUUGUUAUAUUUGG